CGAUUCUCUGGCGAUUCAAGGAUACAGCGGGCUCUCCGUAGGCGAAUCUAAGGUGAAUCGAUAAAUGAGGUACCGCUGGCAACUCGGACCGAAACUGUAUACAUCCUUACAAUCAAACAAGUGUACAUUCAAAUCUCAGCUGGUACUCCUUGACGACACUGCAUACCAUCAGCGGCGACGAACUAUCGGGAUCCGUCUAUUGCAUAUCCUUCCAUGACUUCUAACAGCCCUACCGCGGCCGACAAAGACGAACUUCUUCUUUCGUGCCGAUAUGGUGAUAUUGAAGACGUCCAGCUGUUCGCAGACAAGUACGGUGUCGAAACGCUCUCGGGAAUCAGAGAUGAUAAUGGUAACACGGUUCUACACAUGAUAUGCGGGAAUGGGCACGCGGAUCUCCUGGACUACCUCCUUCCAACCAUACCUCCGUCGCUGCUCUCCGAAAAAAACGCGGCGCAGUCGACGCCACUACACUGGGCCGCUCUCAAUUCCCAUCUUGCCUGCGCUCAGAAGCUCGUUCAAUUUCCAGGUGGUCCAGGCGUUGAUCUCAUUGACAUAAAAAAUGCGGCUGGGCAUUCGCCUCUGGCAGAGGCGGAGUUUGCUGGAUGGGAUGAAGGGACCAAGUGGUUCAUUGAGGUAAUGAAUCUUGAGGCCGAGGACGUUCCGAAUGAAGAGACGGAUGAGGGCGUGAGGAACGAGGCAGAGCCGGCCCUCGACGAGAUUGAUGUCACUAUUGAAGAUGCUGAUGGUCAAUUGGCAACUAUGACUAUUGAUGCAGGGGCUAGAAAUCGUCCAUUAUGAUAGUAAUCGUCGUAUCUCGCAGAGUCGUCUUGCCAAGUCCUUCUGUACAUUGAACUUGGUAAUUAAUUACAAGUUGUAUUUUCGUCCCCGUCGCCUUCGUCGUGGUGCAGAUUAGUGCUGCGAACGAAUUUCUCCCUCCAAAGGCUUGGAAGUUUCCUUUUAGCGGAACUGAGGCGCUGGCUAUAUUGCAGUACCGUCAUCAAUAUGACGAUUGAUGACCGGACGCCUUCGACGAAUUCCCAUCUUGGGGGUCUUCGUAUGUGUGAAAAUGCUUAGAAUUGAGUUGAUGCCGUAAAGGUGGACCUGGCCCCCGGUGCGUCGAUUUGGUUG